ACCUUUUCGUGUAAUGCCUUGCAUUCUCUUGAUUGGGUCUUGUGUUUUUGUUGGGGGGCAUGUUGCGAUUGGUAAUAGUUUUUGCUGCGAAGAGUUGCUUUAAUGGUCGCGCCUUUGCAGCAUUUUUUUGUGUGUGCAUGUGAGGAUUGAAGAAGUCUCUCGGUUUCAGUUGCAGUGUCUGUUUGAACCUGCUUUGAGGGUCUGAGGUGAAGUAUGUCGUCGAGCAGUAGUGCAGAGCUCCAACCUCGCAAAUACGCUGAUGGACCACCAUGGAUAUUUACUGGCAGGGCUCUCUAUCAACUACAUCUAGUCAAAGCUGAAGUUGCACGACGCAUCAUUCCAUCAGAACUUAAAGUCGUUCAAGCUUUCGGGUACACUUUGGGUGGCUUUUACUUGGCAAAGUAUGAUACGAGCCCUGCUGGUGUCUUUGAUGAGCUGGUGGUUCUAGCAGGCAUCGUCUGGAAUCCUCCUACAUCUUGCGCAUGGGCAGCAAGAGUUAUAGUGAACAGCAAAGAGGCUUGUGACCACGGAAUUGAGGAAGUUGGCCUCCCCAGUCGAACAGCUUUGUUUAAUUCAUCGAGAGUUUCCAAUGAGAAACGAGAAUCUCAGCGAUUGUGGUGGAACAUACUACCCAAAAUUGGUGGACGUAAUAAAGGUGAAGAAAGGUCAAGCGAUUGUUACCAUGCAGUGGAUAUUGUUGAAACAGAUGGAAGCUUUCGGAGGCCGCUCUGCAAUAUUGAACUCCUCAAUAAUUCAGCAGUUUUAGGCAUACAGGACAAGGGAUGGGUAGGUCCCUUAAUGAAGAUGUCUCUUCCCAGUUUCAGUGGAAAGACAAAGAAACAGCCAGAUCUUCUCAAGUACUCGUGCAGACUAAAUUGCAGAAUAAGACCCGUAUCUCCAGCACGAAUUUCUCCUCUGCAGUUGACUGCGGAAGAGGAGCCAAGAAGCACAGAAACACAAGACCUUGGCACUGACGUGAUGUCGGUGCUGAGUGGGAAGCCUAUUGUAGCUCUAGCAUUCGAGAACAUGGCAAUGUAUGUUGAUGCUCCCACAGUUGUAUUAGCAAGACAAGAACAUGCCAAGAUUAAGGAAGCCCACGGGCUGUUUAGUUGGUUCCCAAGAUUCAAAUCUCCAUCCGUUCCAGCUCCAUCAACAUAAUUGGCUUUGCAAUGUUUGUGAGGUUAUUACACAGUCAGCAUGCAACCUCUUCCCAAACUUAAGCAGAGGGCAAUCGUGCACAGAAGCCACGAAAUGAACAUUCAUUCUUGUGACUACUUUCAGAUCUUGUAGUUUUAUUGUGUGGACCGAUGUAUGCAUCCUACAAAUAGUUGUGGGGUGGUGCUACGUUUGGCACCCUUUUGCAUUACAAAAUGAUUUUAACCAGCUAUUAUUGCGCAAUA